AUGUACGACAAACUCACGGACGUGUUCGAUAAGAGAGAGGAGAAGGAUUGGAUUGGGCUCUUGGCGUUUUCGGGCAAGUGGCGCGAGCUUCGGGACGGGUUGUUCGAACGCGUGAAAACGCGCGCACAGCAGUGCGAGGAUCCGGACGAUGAGAUGCGAUUGAGUAAAUUGCGAAGGAAACUCAUGGCGCUGGAUGAGCGCGUCGAUGGGUAUCACGCGCUGUUAGAAGAAGUGCGGGCGAAGGAGGUGGACAUGUGGGAAGGGUUCGUGGCGACGAGACGCGCGGAGUUUUCGCCAGAAUUCUUUACGUAUUUGACGUUUAAGCUGGAAGCCGUGGCGCAAGGUGAAGAUGACAACGCGAAAGAGUCGAUGGCGAAGGAUGCGGCGCUGUUGCUGAGUUUGUGUGAGGCCUACGAUGAGGCUUCGAAGGACCAAGCGGUGAUCGAAGAGGCGACGCAGACGCUGCAAGAUAUUUUACAGUGUGAUUCUUUAGAUGCCAUGGAUGCGAAAAUCGAUGAGUUGGCGAUGGCGAAUCAAAUUUCGCCCGCCUUAAUCCUCACCGCUUCUAAGGCACACAUGAGCGUGAAGGAGAGCCCGUACACGAGCGAGGAAGUCAAAGACGUCAUGGCGCACCUGUACUUCAAGAUGAAGGACACGACGUCUCGCCAGCAACCGAAGGAAGUCCGCAUCUUAAAGUACAUUCUAUCCUUAGAGGAUCCCCAGGAUCAAAGAAAUGCGUUAGAAGAAGCCUUCACUCCCGGUCCCGAGCUCGAGGAAAUCGGCUCGAACACCGAUUUACUCUGGUGCGAGCCCGCCGCCCUGCUCAAGCUCAUCGACGUCAUCGUGGAGAAUUUCCACCAGAGCGCCGGCAAGAAGAAUUUACGCGGCGACGCGGCGGCGAUGAUGAGUCCCGCGAUCGUGGAGAGAAUGAAGACUUUAAAACAGCUCAUCAUCGCGCACUUCUCAGAUUAA